UCCAUUAAACCGCCACCUUGCUUCCCAAGCCAUCCCUUCAGCCAUGAAGCUCCUGUUCCUGGUCUUUGCAUCCCUUGGAUUAAUGGUGACUCCAGCCAGCGGGGGUGGGUCGAGCUGUGGGCGCAAGUUCCCAGGACACUGCAGGCUGCCCUGCAGCUCCCUGGAGAGAUCCGCCUUCGUGUGCGACAGGAGCAAACGGCGCUGCACCAAAGACCACGGGAGGCCCAUCGCGCCACCGCCUGUCCACAGAUCGAAGCAGCUCUGCAGAACAGCUACGAAAAGCCAAACCGAGAAGCAACCGACGGCUACGACGCCACGACCACGAUCUCCGAUACCACAGCCGCGGUGCACAACGCGACACCGUCUCCAAGUAGUCCCAACCUGGAAGUAUGGCAACCGGAGGCUGUCCAGCAGCUACAUCCUCACAGCCGCUUCUCUUGAAGGGAGGUCUGAGCAGUGCACCUCCAUGGCUGCCACAAAGCAGGAGGUGAGAGAGAAGAGGGCUGAAGGUGCACGGUUUGGCCAGCCAUGUUGA